AUGUCGAGCGACGAUUUGAGUUCAUAUACGGCCUCAUCAAAGAAUUCCUCAUUUGAAGUCAUAUUUUCAAGAUUACUAGAUGCUCUUAUCUUUACUUCAGCCAUUGCCAUCACAGCAUACAGCUAUCUCACUGGUACACUGCUUGAUCAACCAGUCUCGUAUGUAGAGGCACCUCCAAAACCCAUCCUAAAGAAAAUGGCCACAAGGCGGAUUGAAGAUUCAAAGAGAAGAAGGACUCAGGAAUGGGCAGAACAGCAGCUACUGACACAGCCUAUUGUGCUCACUGGUGUUGCUCCGUCUAGCAGCUCAAAAAGCAGCAAAAAGAAGAGAUCCCAAUCUACAUCGCAUAUCAAGGUUCAACCACUUGAUCUAGACAUGAAACGCGACAAGAGAAGAACACACUCUUUACCUGCAAAACCAGUAGAAAGAGAGGAUGAAAUCAUAUCUCAAAUUCAAUCACUUAUCCAACUUGGUCAAGACGCUUUAUCAAGCCCUGUAAAUUAUUAA